CCAGCUGAGCGGCUCCGGCUCCUGGCGCCUGUCGCUGCCGCCGUCGCCGCCCAAGAGCGGCCGCCGCCCCUGAGGGAAGGAGGGAGGGAAGCGGCAGCUGACCCUGGGCAUGAGCCGGACGCGGCGUCCGUUGCUGGACUAAGGCGCAGACAUGAACCUGCACCAGGUGCUGACCGGGGCUGUGAACCCUGGCGACCACUGCUUCUCCGUGGGCAGCGUCGGCGACCAGCGCUUCACGGCUUAUGCAUCUGGAUGUGACAUUGUUAUACUGGGAAGUGAUUUUGAAAGAUUACAAAUAAUCCCAGGAGCUAAACAUGGAAAUAUUCAAGUAGGAUGUGUAGACUGCUCAAUGCAACAAGGCAAGAUUGCAGCAUCCUAUGGAAAUGCUAUCUCUGUUUUUGAACCAGUUAACCUACCGAAGCAAAAGAAAAAUUUGGAAUUAUAUAGUCAAUGGCAGAAAAGUGGCCAAUUUUUUCUGGAAUCAAUAGCACACAACAUAAUUUGGGAUCCUGCAGGCAAUCGUCUUUUAACUGGUUCUAGCUGUUUGCAACUGUGGUCCAAUGCUAACUUGGAGAAACCAUCUGAAGAUGAAAAUCCAGAUAAAACAGAUCUUAAUUUGGGGGACUGGAGAUGCAUUUGGCAUUGCAAAACUGCUUCCCAAAUUCAUUUAAUGAAAUUUUCACCAGAUGGAGAAUUUUUUGCCACUGCUGGGAAGGAUGACUGUCUUUUAAAGGUAUGGUAUAAUGUAGAAAACUGGCGGACAGCUGUUACCUCUCCGGAUAAAAGUUCAGAAAAACAAUCCCAAGGAGAAAUGGACUUUUCCUUUGUAUAUCUGGCCCAUCCUCGAGCUGUAAAUGGAUUUUCCUGGCGUAAAACAAGCAAAUACAUGCCUAGGGCUUCUGUAUGUAAUGUAUUGUUGACUUGCUGCAAAGAUAAUGUAUGUCGUCUUUGGGUAGAGACAUUUUUACCAAAUGAUUGUUUGCUCUAUGGAGGUGACUGCAACCAUUGGGCGGAACCAAUUAAUUUAACAAAUAACUUCAGAAGAAAUGCUUCCAGUAAAGAACGAGUUCAAAAUGCUUUAGAUGUAAAUCUGAGACAUUUUCGCAGAGGUCGGAGGAGAUCACUUGCUGUUGUAGCGCAUACCGGAUACCUGCCACACCAGGAGGACCCUCAUCAUGUCCACAGAAAUGCUCCACUGCAUGCCAACGCACUUUGCCACUUUCAUAUUGCCGCCAGCAUCAACCCAGCCACGGACAUUCCACUUCUCCCUUCUAUCACAUCUCUAAGUCUAAGUGAAAAUAAUGAGAAGAGCGGGCCUUUUGUGGUACACUGGCUGAACAAUAAAGAGUUGCAUUUUACUUUGUCCAUGGAAGUCUUUUUACAGCAACUCAGAAAAAGUUUUGAACAACCAUCUUCUGAGGCCAGUGUAGAAGACUCUAAUCAGGCAGAUGUAAAAUCUGAUGAAGAAAUGGAUGAUGGUGUGGAUGAUCUGAAAAUAAAUCAUGAAAAGAAGGAAUUGGGCAGUGAUAAAAUGGUACCAAAUUCAAGUUUUGUACCGUUACCAUCAGCUGCCAUUGAUCAUCAGAUUGAAGUACUUCUGUCUGAAUGGAGUAAAAAUGCAGACAUGCUAUUCAGUAUUCAUCCCAUGGAUGGCUCUUUGCUAGUUUGGCAUGUGGAUUGGCUGGACGAAUACCAGCCUGGUAUGUUUCGUCAAGUCCAGGUGUCCUUUGUUUCCAGAAUUCCUGUAGCUUUUCCCACAGGUGAUGCGAACUCUCUCUGUAAAAGCAUAGUGAUGUAUGCCUGCACCAAGAAUGUUGACUUGGCUAUUCAGCAAGGGAAACAGAAACCUUCUAGCCUCACACGGUCUACAUCAAUGCUUAUCUCUUCCGGCCACAGUAAAUCAACUAAUAGUUUAAAAUUAAGUAUAUUUACCCCUAAUGUUAUGAUGAUUUCAAAGCACGCUGAUGGCUCUCUGAAUCAGUGGCUGGUCAGUUUUGCUGAAGAAUCUGCUUUUUCUACAGUUCUCAGUAUUUCUCACAAAUCUAGAUACUGUGGUCAUCGCUUUCAUCUUAAUGAUUUAGCUUGCCACUCCGUAUUACCAUUAUUGCUGACAACGUCACACCAUAAUGCACUAAGGACACCAGAUGUUGAUAACCAGAAGCAAUCUUGUGAUCCUGUAAAUACUGAAGAAUGUUCUUUGGCACAACAGAAUAAAAGCAGCGUUGAUGUGACAUAUCAGGAUCCCAAUGCAGUUUAUAGUGAGCUUAUUCUUUGGAGGGUUGAUCCAGUUGGGCCAUUGUCUUUUUCUGGAGGUGUUUCUGAGCUUGCCCGGAUUAAUUCUCUACAUGUUUCUGCAUUUUCCAAUGUGGCAUGGCUGCCCACUCUUAUACCCAGUUACUGUCUAGGUGCAUACUGCAACUCUCCUAGUGCAUGCUUUGUAGCAAGUGAUGGGCAAUAUCUGAGAUUAUAUGAAGCUGUUAUUGAUGCCAAGAAACUUCUGUAUGAGCUUUCCAAUCCUGAAAUUUCUAAAUAUGUUGGUGAAGUGUUUAACAUCGUAAGUCAGCAGUCAACAGCCAGGCCAGGAUGCAUUAUCGCAUUAGAUCCCAUUACCAAACUUCAAGGCAGAAAAACCCAGCUGCUUCAUGUUUUUCAAGAAGAUUUCAUUUUGAAUAACCUUGAGAAGAAAAGUCUGGGAAAAGACAGAAUAUUACCUGAUGCAGGCAGCGCACCUAAUGGAUUUUCUGAGAAAUUCUACCUAAUUGUAAUAGAGUGUACCCAAGACAACCGUUCAUUGUUACACAUGUGGAAUUUACAUUUGAAGUCCAUUCCUGUCUCAUUGGGCCAUCUGAGUUCUUCUUCCAUAUAUCCUAUGUGCAGUGCUCCUUAUUUAUUGGCAACUUCAUGUUCAGAUGAGAAAGUAAGAUUCUGGAGAUGCAGAGUAACAGAUGGAGAAUCUGACACAUCAAAGAACGGAAAAAUGGAUCUUGUAUACAUUUGGGAAGAAUGGCCAUUACUUAUCGAAGAUGGACUUCAUAGCAAUAGUAGUAUAACCGUCCCUGGGAGGCCUAUAGAAGUUAGCUGUGCACAUACAAAUCGGUUCGCAGUAGCGUACAAGCAGCCUGCAUCUAAUAGUAGGUCUUCUCAGGACUUCCUGAUGCACGUCAGUAUUUUUGAAUGUGAGUCUACAGGAGGUUCAUGUUGGGUCCUUGAACAGACGAUUCAUUUAGAUGAAUUGAAUACAGUGUUAGAUUCUGGUAUUAGUAUCGAUAGCAAUUUAGUGGCUUAUAAUAAACAAGAGGUGUAUUUAUCCAGUAAAGAGAGUAUCACAUCAAACACAAAGCAUUUAGUUCACUUAGAUUGGAUGUCUAGAGAAGAUGGUUCUCAUAUCCUCACUGUAGGAAUUGGAUCAAAACUUUUUAUGUAUGGACCCCUGGCUGGCAAGGUACAAGAACAGGCUGGUAAGGAAAGCCUAGGCUUUCCUCUCUGGGAAAGCACUAAAGCUGUGCCUCUUUCUAAAUUUGUCCUCUUAAGAAGUAUGGACUUGGUUUCUUCUGUGGAAGGCUCUCCACCUUUUCCUGUUUCUUUAUCCUGGGUCCGGGAUGGCAUCCUGGUGGUGGGAAUGGAUUGUGAAAUGCAUGUAUAUUCCCAGUGGCAGCCAUCUUCUAAACAGGAACCUGUUACAACAGAUUCGUACAAUGGGAGCACUCCAUCUAUAAUAAGUUUAAUAAAACAGAGCAACUCAUCAAGUUCUGGAUUACAUCCUCCAAAGAAAACUCUGACUCGAUCCAUGACCAGUCUUGCACAGAAAAUCUGUGGAAAGAAAACUGCCUUCGAUCCUUCUGUGGAUACAGAAGAUUCAGGUCUUUUUGAAGCAGCUCAUGUUCUUUCCCCAACUCUACCUCAGUACCAUCCCUUGCAGCUUUUGGAACUCAUGGACCUUGGCAAAGUUCGGAGAGCAAAGGCCAUCUUGUCUCACCUUGUCAAGUGCAUCGCUGGGGAGGUUGUGGCGCUGAAUGAAGCUGAAUCCAAUCACGAGCGCCGCCUUCGGUCUCUCACUAUCAGUGCUAGCGGAAGCACUACCAGAGACCCCCAGGCUUUCAACAAAAGUGAAAAUACGGAUUACACAGAAAUAGAUUCUGUCCCUCCACUUCCCUUAUACGCCUUACUUGCGGCAGAUGAUGAUAGCUGCUACUCAUCUUUAGAGAAGUCUAGUAAUCAGAGUACCUUAAAUAACUCAAACCAGUUGUCAAAAGAAAGUUAUGAUGAGCUUUUUCAGAUCCCAACUUUAAUGACUGAUCAUCAAGUGGUAGAGACAGAUGAGGAAAAUACCAAGCCCAGGGUCAUUGACCUUUCGCAGUACAGUCCAACUUACUUUGGUCCUGAGCAUGCUCAGGUUCUUUCUGGCCACUUACUUCAUUCCAGUUUACCAGGACUCAGCCGGAUGGAGCAGAUGUCUCUGAUGGCCUUAGCAGAUACAAUUGCAACUACCAGCACUGAUAUCGGGGAGAGCAGAGACAGAAGCCAAGGUGGAGAAACUCUUGAUGAAUGUGGCUUAAAAUUUCUUUUGGCUGUUCGACUUCAUACUUUCCUUACAACUUCCCUUCCAGCUUAUCGAGCUCAGCUCCUUCACCAAGGCCUGUCUACUAGUCAUUUUGCCUGGGCAUUUCACUCAGUAGCAGAAGAAGAGCUGCUGAACAUGUUGCCAGCCAUGCAGAGAGAUGAUCCCACUUGGUCUGAACUGAGAGCCAUGGGUGUGGGGUGGUGGGUCCGGAAUACACGCACCUUACGCAAGUGCAUAGAGAAGGUAGCCAAAGCAGCCUUUUAUAGAAAGAAUGAUCCUUUAGAUGCUGCCAUUUUUUACCUUGCAAUGAGAAAGAAAGCUGUGAUUUGGGGAUUAUAUAGAUCCCAAAGAGACCCCAAGAUGACACAGUUUUUUGGACACAAUUUUGAGGAUGAGAGAUGGCGUAGAGCAGCUUUAAAGAAUGCUUUUUCUUUGUUAGGCAAACAAAGAUUUGAACAUUCUGCAGCAUUUUUUCUUUUAGCUGGUUGCCUCAGAGAUGCAAUUGAGGUAUGUCUUGAGAAACUGAAUGACAUUCAAUUGGCUCUUGUAAUAGCAAGACUCUAUGAGUCUGAAUUUGAUACAUCUGCAACAUACAAAUCUAUUUUAUGUAAAAAAGUUUUGGGGAUUGAUUCUCCUGUCAAUGAAUUCAAUUCACUGAACAUAAAUAUGCAUUAUGAUCCUUUUCUUCGGAGUAUGGCAUAUUGGAUUUUGGAAGAUUAUAGUGGUGCUCUGGAAACAUUAAUAAAGCAACCUGUCAGAGAGGAUGAUGAUCAAGUCAUGAUGUCAGCCUGUAAUCCUGCAGUUUUUAAUUUCUACAAUUAUCUAAGAACACAUCCACUUUUGCUAAGACGUCAUUUUGGAUCAUCUGAUGUAUUGUCCACACACAUGAGUUUAACAGGAAAAAGCGGACUGGCAGGAACAAUUAAUUUAAGUGAAAGAAGAUUAUUUUUUACCACUGCCAGUGCUCAUUUGAAAGCUGGCUGCCCUAUGUUAGCUUUGGAAGUAUUAUCGAAGAUGCCAAAAGUUAUCAAGAAAACAAAACCUUUUUGCAGAACAUCUAGCUUUUUGGAUACUAGUAAAGACUGUUCUCCUUCUCCAUUAAAAUUGGAUGCAAGGGAAGAUAAGUCUUCUGCUAUUGAUUGGUCACAGUCACUAAUGAAUGGUUUUGGAUCUUCUUCAGAAGGUUCCUCAGAGAAGCAGUCAAAUUCCACUCUUUCUUUUGACUGGAGCCAACCAGGUGUUGUAUUUCAGGAUGACUCUUUAGAAUUAAAAUGGGACAGUGAUAACGAUGAAGAAGAUGAGGAUCUCCCUAUUUCAAUGAAAGAACUAAAACCUUUACAGAGAAAAAUGGGGAAGAAAAUAGAUGAAACAAGUUCUAAUUACACAGAAUCUCUCAGCACACUAGAUGAAAACGACAUUUUAAGUCCAUCAGAAGAUAUAAUUGCAGUUCAAUUAAAAUUUAGAGCAUGUUUAAAGAUUCUUACAGUAGAACUUCGUACGUUAUCUACUGGCUAUGAAAUAGAUGGUGGAAAGUUGCGUUACCAGCUCUACCACUGGCUUGAAAAAGAGGUGAUAGCUCUUCAGAGGACUUGUGACUAUUGUUCAGAUGGUGAAGACUUACAGCCUGCACUUGGUGAAAAUGGAGAUGAAUUUGGAUUAAAUGGAGAUGCUGAAGAUUUGCUUCAGCAAACGAAAGUGAAACAACUGAGAGAAAAUUUUCAGGAAAAAAGACAGUGGCUUUUGAAAUAUCAGUCACUCUUGAGGAUGUUUCUGAGUUACUGCAUACUUCAUGGGUCCCAUGGUGGCGGUCUUGCCUCUGUGAGAAUGGAAUUGAUUUUGCUUUUACAAGAAUCUCAGCAGGAAACCUCAGAACCGCUCUUUCCCAGCCCGCUGUCAGAGCAGACCUCGGUGCCCCUCCUCUUUGCCUGCACAGCCAGUGCCAAGACAGUCGUUGCCAACCCGUUGCUGCAUCUCAGUAACCUCACGCAUGAUAUUCUGCACGCCGUCAUAAACUUGGAUUCACCACCCCAUCCUGACAUCCAGAGCAGCAGAGUAUAUGUAAUGCAUACUUUAGCAGCCUCACUUUCUGCUUGUAUUUAUCAGUGCCUUUGUGGUAGUCAUAACUACAGUUCAUUUCAAACAAAUCAGUUUACUGGAAUGAUGUAUCAGACAGUCCUGCUUCCCCAUCGACAUUCUUUGAAAACAGGAAGCUUAGAUGAAGCAAUAACUCCUAAUACAUCACCAGCACAAUGGCCAGGAAUCACUUCUCUGAUUCGACUUUUGAAUUCUUCUGGCGAGGAAGCCCAGUCAGGGCUUACAGUCUUGCUCUGUGAGAUUCUCACAGCAGUGUAUCUGAGUCUCUUCAUCCAUGGCCUGGCAACACAUUCUAGUAAUGAACUGUUUCGGAUCGUGGCCCAUCCCCUGAACGAAAAAAUGUGGUCUGCUGUGUUUGGUGGAGGUGCACAUGUUCCCAGCAAAGAACACACACACUCAAAAGCUUUACCUGUUUCUUCGCUUGUGGAAGAAGGAGAGAAACAGAACAAACGUUUUAGGCCAUCAAAAAUUCCUUGCAGAGAUUCUGCCCCACCGACCUCUUCUUCAUCAGUAGUCAGCCAGGAGUCACUGACAGUCCAAGAGAAGUUCAUCCCACCAGAGCUCAGUAUCUGGGACUAUUUCAUAGCCAAGCCUUUUCUACCCCCUUCCCAAAGUAGAGCAGAAUAUGAUUCAGAGGAGAGUCUGGAAAGUGAUGACGAUGAUGAUGAUGUUUUAGCCUCAGAUUUCCAUCUCCAAGAACAUUCUAAUUCAAAUUCCUAUAGUUGGUCAUUGAUGCGCUUGGCAAUGGUGCAGUUAGUGCUCAACAAUUUGAAGACGUUCUAUCCCUUUGCAGGUCAUGAUCUUGCAGAGCUUCCAGUUAGCUCACCACUUUGUCAUGCAGUUCUAAAAACUCUUCAGUGUUGGGAGCAAGUUCUUCUCCGACGACUCGAAAUCCAUGGUGGGCCACCUCAAAACUAUAUUGCAAGUCAUACCUCUGAAGAGAGUUUGUCUGCAGGUCCUGCAAUUCUCCGCCAUAAAGCUUUGCUGGAACCUACAAACACUCCUUUCAAAUCCAAACACCAUCUGGCACUGUCUGUGAAGAGACUUUGGCAGUACUUGGUGAAGCAGGAAGAAAUUCAGGAAACCUUUAUCAGAAAUAUAUUCACAAAGAAAAGAUGUCUUAAUGAGUCAUUAGAGGACAACUGUGAAACCAUCAAAAAUUCUAUGAUGGAGGAGCCAAACAUCAAUAAGAUAGAAGCAGACUUGGGAUAUCCUGGAGGUAAAGCAAGGAUUAUUCACAAAGAAUCUGACAUCAUUACUGCCUUUGCUGUUAAUAAAGCAAAUAGAAACUGCAUAGCAAUUGCUUCAAGCCAUGAUGUUCAAGAACUGGAUGUUUCUGGAAUUCUGGCUACACAGAUCUAUACUUGGGUAGAUGAUGAUGCUGAAAUGGAAACCAAAGGAUCAGAAGAUUUCUUGGUUAUACAUGCUCGUGAUGAUUUAACAGCUGUGCAGGGUACAACCCCGUAUACGCACAGCAACCCCGGCACUCCAAUCAACAUGCCGUGGCUCGGCAGUACACAGACUGGCAGAGGAGCAUCUGUGAUGAUUAAGAAAGCUAUUAAUAAUGUCAGAAGAAUGACUUCUCAUCCAACUCUUCCUUACUAUCUGACAGGAGCUCAAGAUGGAAGUGUCAGAAUGUUUGAAUGGGGCCAUUCUCAACAAAUAACCUGUUUUCGAUCUGGUGGCAAUUCAAGAGUUACGAGAAUGAGAUUUAACUACCAAGGAAAUAAGUUUGGAAUAGUUGAUGCUGAUGGAUAUUUAAGUUUAUAUCAAACAAACUGGAAAUGUUGCCCAAUAACUGGAAGCAUGCCUAAGCCAUACCUGACUUGGCAGUGUCACAACAAAACAGCCAAUGAUUUUGUCUUUGUUAGUUCCUCCUCUUUGAUAGCUACAGCUGGUCUUUCAACUGACAAUAGGAACAUAUGUUUGUGGGAUACUCUCGUAGCACCUGCCAAUAGUUUAGUCCAUGCUUUUACAUGCCAUGAUAGUGGAGCUACUGUUUUAGCAUAUGCUCCAAAGCAUCAGCUGCUAAUAUCAGGUGGCAGAAAAGGCUUUACAUGUGCAUUUGACCUUCGGCAACGACAGCAGAGGCAGCUUUUCCAGAGCCAUGAUUCUCCUGUUAAAGCCAUCGCUAUUGAUCCGACGGAAGAGUACUUUGUUACAGGAUCUGCUGAAGGCAACAUAAAGAUUUGGAGUCUGUCUACCUUUAAUCUUCUCCACACUUUUAUCAGUGAACAUGCCCGGCAGUCCAUUUUCAGAAAUAUUGGAACUGGAGUGAUGCAAAUUGAGACAGGACCAGCAAAUCACAUUUUUUCAUGUGGAGCUGAUGGAACAAUGAAAAUGAGGAUACUGCCGGAUCAAUUUAGCCCACUAAAUGAAGUGUUGAAAAAUGAUGUGAAAUUUAUGCUAUAACAUUUUGACAAUAAGAUGUAUAAUUUAUUCCCUGUUCCAUGGAAGUAGCUAACACAUAUAAUGUACAGUGAUCACUCUCUCUGCCACAGAUAAGCUAAUGCUUUCUUGUUUUCAUAUUUAUUUUAUGGAGCUUUGCCCUUGAUGCACUGAUGCCUUAAAAAUUAACAAGGUCAUUCAGAAUUAGACUAUAUUGCCUAAAGUAGACUGCAUUGCAUAUUUAUAGUAUGUUAUAGUGAGUAUGUCAUAGUGUUAAAGGAGUUUUGUGUUCUUAUUGUUGAUAAACUCUUCUGCAGAUGUCUCUGUAUAAAUUUCUUUAACAGUAAAAAUACCCUUUCUAUAAAGACAGUUGACAUCAGUCAUCACUUCAUUCACCGCCCCCUUACUUCUUUUGUCAAACUGAUGGAUCUCAAACUCUUCUUCUGUUAGUUCAUGAUAGAUUAACAGUUGGGCAAGAAUAAAAACCCUAAUGAACAUCUUCAUGAAAAACUGUCGCUGGGACCUCAGUGAUUAGGACCCAGAUGGCUCAUUAGAUCAGGUUCCCCGUUUCGUGUCUGGAGCCCAAGUGUGUUUGUAUGUAUGUAAUAUAUCUUACACACCUUAUUUGAGCUUAGUCUGUGUAUAUAUCAGAAAAUUACAAGUCUUUCCGUGUGUUUUUGUGCCAUAGCAACUCCUGCCACUAGAAUAACUUUUUUUGCAACUGUUUUUUUCCGUGUUUUUUUGUUCUUAAUUUUUGAAUUCCCAUCCUAAUUUUCAAAUAAUUUCAGGAAGACAUCUGAGAUUAUUAUUUUAAAGAUUAUCUUGAGUCAAAUAAGUCUUCGCAGGCAAUAACGAUUCUGUGCUGGCAUAUAUGAGACGCUUAAAAGUAAGUUUAUAAAAUUGUCAAAGGAUUUUAGAGCACCAAACAUUUUACUUACUUUUUUUUUUUAGGUGCUUUUAGUCUCAAAGUUCUGAACACCUUAUAGCAGUGUUUUUAGAAACAAAUGUGAAAACAAAUUAAAUAGAUAAUAUUUACACAUGUAAAAUACCUGCCAGAUCUACCAUUAAUAGAAAAUAAACUAAACCUUAUAUUUUAUUAUUUUUUGCCAAAAUAUAUUAUUUUACUAUAAAAUAUGACCAAAAUAUUAAAAAUGCACAGUGCUUUUAACUUAAAUGUGCUAAUAACCCUAUUUCUGUCUGUUUUGUGCUAUAUCUUUUCUGAUUAAAAAUUAUAGGCCACUUGAAUAAAUACUUGAGUUUAGCCAAGGAGACUGGAGGCAGAUGGGACUAAGUGUUUAAGGGACAAUUAUAUACUAUGUAGCUUAAAUAUAUUUUAAUAGGAACUAUAAAAACAUUUUUACAUGACAAAAUAUGAACAACUGUUAACUUGGAAAUUAAAGAGUCAAAGUGAAGAAAUGAAGGGCUGGUAAAAUGAAUUUUGUAAUAUCCUCAGGAUACUUUUAUCUUAAAAGUAUAUUGUUAAAGAUUUUGUAAAUUGUAUUCAUAAUUUUAAAUGUGUUAAGCUAGUUGCAGUGAAAACACUGCCAUUGAUUAUGUAGAGAGUUCGUGUGCACAUCAUAACCUGUGUCUACAACCGUCCAGUAACAGUAACCACAUGUGACUGCUUGGCUACAGAGAGAUCCGUGGCCACAUUGCGAACGAUACUGCUGUGUGAUGUAGUUCAGCUUAAGUUAUUUUUCAGUAACUACACAAAUCAAGAUUCAAAAGGCUUUAAACACUUUCAGUGAGAGAGAAAAUUUAUUAUGCUUAUUAGAAAAAAGGCAUCGUGGAUGAACAAUUAAGCAUUUUAAUUGAGGGUUUAUAUGAGUAAUAAAUAAUGUAAGCCCAUAUGUAUUUACAUCAGAGUCAUAAUAUUUUAAAUAAACAAUCAUGCAGUGA